CACCCAUAUUCCUCGACAACCCCGUCUCCUUUCCGACAAACUGCUACCGUCAAUCGCAUCGUUCACCCGAUACUGACAGGAUUUAUCCCUCCAAGCGACUCGCCCUUCUGCCACAGAGUACGAUCGAUCGAUCAUCGCAACCACCUCGAACGCUUUGGUGCAGCACCUAGCAUAAUAACCGUGUCCCGCUGACGCAAGCCCACCGACCAAUUCCACCUCGACCCCGACGUGCCGUUCUUGGUGCACGAUCCUUCCUCCGUGAGAUGCCCUACGGGGCUAUCUUCCUAGGAUGCAGCUUAGUCCUCUGCAGUCGCGGCUUGCUGCGUCCUUCAUAGCCUCCUGUUUGCUGCUCAUCAUCUAUCUGCUUCUAUUCCCCCCGCAGUUCGCUUUCGCGGCCGAGUUCGACCCCAUAGCUAUCCAUCAUGACAGCCGCUUCCGCGCCCUCGCCGCGCAGGACUUGGAGAUGUCCGAGGCGACGGACCUCCGCGCGCCGGUGUACGAGCCCGAGUUCGGCCUUUUCGAUCGCAGUAUUAUCGGCAGGGCCCCGGAUAAUGUGAUCACGCUGACCAACAAUAAACUCGAGAGGAGCAAUCUUGCCCCCGGUGCCACCAUGGCUUAUGUCUACUCGGCAUCAUCUGUUGCUCGCAGGGCGGCGCAGGAUGAGGACGAGCAUACGGGAAGCCUAGCCAGCUUGAACGAAUCACGGGGUCCAACUGUAGAUGCCGACCUCUACGAGGACGGUGACGAAGAUGGCUCUAUCUUGGGCCCGGAGCUAACGCGGCGACAACAACCGUCGAGGACCUUAUGGAUAUCCGCCAAUACCUGCGAGCAGCCCACGUAUAUUUCGCCGAACAGAACCAACGUGGAUCCCCCCCAGCUUACUCUUUACGUUUCUACCUCGACCGAUAAUACUUCUCCGGGGCCAUCACAGACCACCGGGUCUCAGAGGGCCAUUCCCUUCAAACAGGGGGCGGUCAUGUUUAACGUAUCCCUAAGCCAGGAUGUUUAUUUCAGCGUCUCCGCCCCAGAAGUCUCGGCCGAGUUAUUCGAUGCCUCGAAGCAGUACAAUUUCGAAAUCGUCGCCUCCACCGAUCGGUAUUACUUUUCCUACGACGACCAAUCCGUCUCGGAGUUGGUCUGGGUUGACAGUGACUGGUCGGCGGCCCUAUUUAAGACAGAUGACCUGCCAAUUGGCUCAGAUCAGGCCGACGAGAUGCCCUAUGUUAUGUUUGCGCACGACCGGGCCAACCCGGCGCUUAACGGCUUACGAAACUCCUAUUGCGGGCUCAGCCUGCACGCUCAGAUUCGAGGUCUUGCAGAUGGCACCAGCGGAGUAAUAACUAUGGGGUUGAAGAAGGGGAGAGAAGACAACGCCACACAGCAAGAGUUCUACAUCAGCAGUCUCGACGCCAGCUCUACCUAUAUUGGAAUUCUUGCUCGUCCUCCGGGAAAGGGCCUCCAGACCCGACAGAACAGCUCCGCUUCGGAUAUAGGGGGCGGCAGGGUGUUUCGGCCGACCGAGUUCGAAACCAAGCCUUUUGGCGCGUGCACGUUCGUUUUCAACCUUACCGUGUGCGACGAGACAGAGUACGCCGUGCCAGGAAACUUAAAUAACUUCCCGAAUGGCACGGCGCUUGCCGCGUUCUACGACGACUACACGCGGACCAUGUGGGACAACUUCGACAAGGUGCUGCAGCAGGUGCCGUGCGAGGCGCCGGUAACGUCGAAGUACUCCCUGGCGCGGGGCUGCGACGACUGCAAGGCGGCGUACAAGAACUGGCUCUGCUCGGUGGCGGUGCCGCGGUGCGAGGACUUCUCGUCGCCGGACCGGCCGGCCCUACAGAUGCGCAACAUCGGGCAGCCGUUCCCGAACGGGACGGUGGUGGACCCGAGCGUGACGGAGGCGUUCGGGCACCUGCGCGCCUUCAACACGUCGCGCAACCCACAGAUCGACGAGGUCGUGCAGCCGGGUCCUUACAAGGAGCUGCUGCCGUGCGAGGACCUAUGCUACGAGCUCGUGCGCAGCUGUCCGGCCUCGCUCGGCUUCGCCUGCCCCCGCCCCUUCUCCGAGUUCGGGUUCAACACGAGUUACGGCCGGCGCAACAUCACCGGCGGCCUGACCUGCAACUACCCCGGCUCCGCCCACUUUCCGCCGAGCGCCGCCCCGACGACGGCCGCCGCGUCCGCGCUCGCGGCGCUCGUCAGCGUGCUGGUGCUGCUGCUGGGUGCGAUGUAGUAAAGGGGGGUGGGGACGGACAGGCAGACACAAAGGUAGAUAUGAUAGACAGAUAGAUAGGCGGAAUUGGGCUAAUGGUUUUUUUUUUCCCUUUUUGUUUUUGAUUCUUCCUCUCUCUAUCCCCCCCCUCUUUUCCCCUCCACGGUGUAUUUCUGGGAUAAGAG